AAAGCGCCUCGCCCCGGCUGGCCUCAAGCGGCGCUAGCUCUCUGGCUGGCGCUGGAGUGUGCCGCCCCCGGCAGCCCCGCCGCGGCCGCAGGGAGCCUGGGAGAGCCGCUCUCGGAGGCUCCGGCAGCAGGAGGAGCGUGUGAGCUGUGGGCGUCCCUUUAAGAGCGGCUGGCCAGGCACGGCCUCCGCCUCUCCGUACGCGGAGCGCCGGCGGUCACCUGGGGCUCGCGGGGUAGCCAGAUCGCGGCGGGGUCGGCGCGCUUCCCCGAGCAAAGGUGGGAGAGGGGACCCGGACGGGAGGUGCCCCGAAGCCCUCUUGAGCGUACCCGUCCCGCGCCUCUCUGAGGCGGAGGAUGCGGGAGCGCAUCUGGGCGCCGCUGCUGCUGCUGCUGCCGCUGCUACUGCCGCCGCCACUGUGGGGCGGCCCCCCGGACAGCCCACGCCGGGAGCUGGAGCUGGAGCCCGGGCCUCUGCAGCCUUUCGACCUGCUCUACGCCAGCGGCGCGGCCGCCUACUACAGCGGAGACUACCUGCAAGCGGUGCGCGACUUGGAAGCGGCGCUUCGCAGCCACCGGCGCCUGCGGGAAAUCCGCACGCGCUGUGCCCGCCACUGCGCGGCGCGCCACCCGCUCGCGCCCCUCGGCGAGGGCCCCGGAGCCGAGCUGCCCCUUUUCCGCUCCUUGUUGGGGCGGGCGCGCUGUUAUCGCAGCUGUGAGACCCAGCGCCUCGGGGGCCCCGCAUCCCGCCACCGCGUCAGCGAGGAUGUGCGCAGCGACUUCCAGCGCAGAGUGCCCUACAACUACCUGCAGCGAGCCUACAUCAAGAGUCAACUUCUCUCUCAAAAAGAGGACUGUCCUGAUAAGCUUAACCAGCUCGAAAAAGCAGUGGAAGCAGCUCACACAUUUUUCGUGGCAAACCCUGAGCACAUGGAAAUGCAGCAGAACAUUGAGAAUUACAGAGCAACAGCUGGUGUUGAAGCAUUGCAACUGGUAGACAGAGAAGCCAAACCACACUUGGAGAGUUACAAUGCAGGAGUUAAACAUUAUGAGGCUGAUGACUUUGAGUUGGCUAUCAGGCACUUCGAACAAGCCCUAAGAGAAUAUUUCGUUGAAGAUAUAGAAUGCCGAACCCUAUGUGAGGGGCCUCAGAGAUAUGAAGAAUAUGAGUAUUUAGGGUAUAAGACUGGUCUGUAUGAAGCUAUUGCAGAUCACUACAUGCAGGUGCUUGUUUGUCAGCAUGAAUGUGUGAGGGAACUUGCCACCCGCCCUGGCCGCCUCUCACCCAUUGAGAAUUUUCUUCCUCUGCACUAUGAUUACCUACAGUUUGCCUACUAUCGAGUUGGUGAGUAUGUGAAAGCCCUGGAAUGUGCCAAAGCCUAUCUUCUGUGCCACCCAGAUGAUGAGGAUGUCCUAGACAAUGUGGAUUACUAUGAGAGUCUGCUGGAUGAUAGCAUUGACCCAGCAUCCAUUGAGGCCAGAGAGGAUUUAACAAUGUUUGUGAAACGUCAUAAGCUAGAAUCUGAGCUGAUAAAAUCAGCUGCAGAAGGUCUGGGGUUUUCAUACACUGAACCGAAUUAUUGGAUCAGGUAUGGAGGACGACAGGAUGAGAAUCGGGUCCCUUCAGGAGUGAAUGUAGAGGGAGCAGAAGUUCACGGAUUGUCAAUGGGAAAAAAGUUAUCACCCAAGAUAGAUCGAGACCUAAGAGAAGGUGGUCCUCUGCUCUAUGAAAACAUCACAUUCGUCUACAACUCAGAGCAGCUGAAUGGGACUCAGCGGGUUCUCCUGGAUAAUGUCCUGUCGGAAGAACAGUGCCGGGAGCUCCACAGUGUGGCCACUGGAAUCAUGCUUGUUGGUGAUGGAUACAGAGGAAAAACUUCACCCCAUACACCCAAUGAAAAGUUUGAAGGUGCAACUGUCCUGAAAGCACUCAAAUCUGGUUAUGAAGGUCGAGUCCCACUGAAGAGCGCUCGUCUGUUUUAUGACAUCAGUGAAAAGGCUCGAAGGAUUGUAGAAUCUUAUUUUAUGCUGAACUCAACUCUGUAUUUUUCCUAUACACACAUGGUCUGCCGAACAGCCCUGUCUGGUCAGCAGGAUAGAAGAAAUGACCUCAGUCAUCCCAUCCACGCUGACAACUGUUUGUUGGAUCCAGAGGCCAACGAAUGCUGGAAAGAGCCUCCUGCUUACACAUUUCGAGACUAUAGUGCUCUCCUAUACAUGAAUGAUGACUUUGAAGGAGGAGAAUUCAUAUUCACUGAGAUGGAUGCUAAGACUGUGACUGCUUCUAUAAAACCAAAAUGUGGGCGCAUGAUCAGCUUCUCAUCUGGAGGAGAGAACCCUCAUGGGGUGAAGGCAGUCACCAAGGGAAAGAGGUGUGCUGUGGCUCUGUGGUUCACCUUGGACCCACUUUAUAGAGAAUUGGAGCGAAUACAGGCUGAUGAAGUGAUUGCAAUCCUGGAUCAAGAACAGCAAGGGAAGCAUGAACUGAAUAUCAACCCUAAAGAUGAGCUAUAAAAAUGAGAAAGAAUGUUCUAUCGAAUAUUUAUUUAAAUUGUUAAUCUUAUGAGAAUCUUUUUAUUUUUGUACAGAGCCAUGGUAUAAAUUAACAGGUUAAUGUCAGUCAUCAGAUCUCCCUUCUGUUCCUAAGGAUGCUUGUGUUGCCUUGCUUAAUCUAUCUUUCUUGUUUUGGGUUCUCUCUCUCUCUCUCUCUCCCCCCUCUCUCUCCUCUCUCUCUUCUCAAAGACGUGGUCUAUACCAUGUUGUCUAGGACAGAGGGUAGUGGCGUGAUCAUAGCACACUGGAGCCUCAAACUCUCAGGCUCAAGUGAUCCUUCAAGCCUCCCAAGGAGCUGGGACCACAGGCACGUGCCACCACGCCCAGCUCUCUUUCCUGGUUUUUCGUCAUUUCAUGUAUCUAUCAAAGCCCAGUUCACCUCCUUACACACACACACACACACACACACACACAAUUAAAUUGUUGCAAAUCCAAAAGCUCAGAGAGAAUAAGCUUGUUGGUGGUGAAACUACAACUCUCAUGUGUGCGCCAGUUCUAAAAUUAACAUGUGCCUGGUCUCUGAAGCCCUUUCUUGGUCUGUGCUUUUCAGCCACAUCCUCUUAGGUGCUAACGGCCAUGAGCUCUGACUUUCCAAAGUGAGCUCCACUUUGGGUCUGAGAACCCCCUGGCAGAGUCCGCGCUGCCUCAGGUAUCAUGGGCGUAAUGCUCAGCCAGGCUCCGGGAGAUCUCAUGGAUGAUUACUGUAUGAGACAGAGGGGCCUCUAGGCUUUCCAGGGCCUUGGUGGAAUUUUUGGCUCUGGUGUUUUCACCAGACAAUAAACUUACACUGGAAGCUUCGAUUCACCCUCCACAGUACUCCAAAAAGGACUGUCCUGUAAGUUGUACACUUUAAAAGGUCAUGUAGAUUUUGAAGUAGAAUGACUUUUCACCCUGGUGACUUUGGAAGAAAAUCUUGAAUACUGCCUGCAUCCGGGCACCAUGGCCAGGUUGCCUACGAGUGGGGUCCACUGAUGAAAAGAGGUUUUUUGUACUUACAUAAGAAAAAUAAAUUUCUGAUUGAUUUUAACCGUCAUCUGCUUAUAUUUUGGGGCCCCUCCUCAUUGCUGCUAUCCAGUACACAGAUUUGUGCUUGUGCCUUAUUUGUUUAAUAAAGGGAGCCUCAUUUUAA